AUGGAUGCCGCUGCGUGUCUUGACAUUCUGAGCCGCGCGGCGCAUACGAGUUCCCAGCAGAAUGGCGGCAAAGCGUGCAGCCAUGGAGGCGCACCUCAAAGCACCGAGGGAGGUUAUCCCGCAGCACAGACUGAGCAGAGUGGUCAGGCUCACUCCUGCUGCGGCGCAAACCCGGAGGCCGCAGUGGGCUCACAUGGCCUGGGCCAGGUGUUGGAUUUGGAGACCGGCGCAAAUGAGACGCUCGGACCUGAGUUGACAGAGGAAGCGAUCCUUCAGCGAUUCCCAAAGCUACGUGCUCCGGAGACUCCAGAGGACACCGCCCCAAGAAGUGAUCCAGGGGCAGAGAUGGACGUCGAGAAGACGUUCGAUGGAAACAUGGCCGCGCAGAUGGUCCUGGCAGCAGUUGUCCUGCAAGAGGAGCGCGUGGCAGUCUACAAAGACUACGAUGCAGCGUUCAAGUAUCUCCUCCAGGCGGAAGGGCAGAAGGCUACUCGCGCCCUGGCGUGGCUCUACCCCUUUGUGGUCCGUUGUGCUACGGUUCGUUUCCAGGCCGUGUCCCAGGGAGUGCGUUCGGUGGCCAGGGAUCUCGAGACCAGGUCAGAGACAAGCCGCAAGCCGCUCGCGACACAGGUUGAUGAGGCCUCUCAAUCGCUACGUGCUUUGCAAAGGAUGGAGGCCGAACGCCUUCAGUUGGUGGCCGCACACCAUGCAGAUCAGGGGAGGCAGCUCUUGAGCCAGGACGGCCUGGAAGAAGCCUCGGCCAAGACCAUCUCCGAGGUCAAAAAGCGCCUCGGAAGGCUGUCGCAGGACAUCGACGAACUGGUGAGUGAGCUUCGGUACACGGCUGCUGACAUGAGGCCUUAG